AUGAAUCAAGCAACAACAGGGGCAGUUAAGAAGGGCACGGUGACGACGCAUGAUGUUUUACUGUAUAUCCCGAACAAGAUCGGGUACCUCCGUGUGAUCACUGCUGUUUUGUCGUUCUUCACCAUGGCGGGCCAUCCUAUGCUUACCGCAUGGCUAUACGGUAUUUCUUGUCUGCUGGAUGCGCUGGACGGGACAAUGGCGAGAAAGUACGACCAGUGCAGUCGUUUGGGCGCCGUCUUGGACAUGAUCACCGAUCGGUCGACCACCUCCGGGCUGCUGUGUUUUCUGUCAAUCGCGUACCCACGUUUGUGCGUUGUCUUCCAAUUGUUGCUGGGUGUCGACCUGUCAAGUCACUACAUGCACAUGUACUCACAGUUGUCUGCGGGGAGUGCUUCGCACAAGUCUGUCAGUAAAGAGUCCUCCAAGUUGCUCCACUUGUACUACACGAGGAGGGACGUUCUGUUCUGCGUCUGUUUCUUCAACGAGACUUUCUACGCGGGGCUGUACCUGGCGGUCUUUGAGAACCAUUACACUUUCGGGAAGUGGCUGGUGAUCAUCAGCACACCACUUUAUUUAUUCAAGCAACUGACCAACGUCAUCCAGCUGCAAAGAGCAGCGAUGAUCUUGGCAUCUCUUGACGCCAAAGACGCUAACGAGAAGAGGGCGCGCGCCACAAAGGAAUAA